GCGGCGACUACACAUCUAAUCUGUUCAGUUCCCAGUGCUCGUAAAUAUUGUAUUUACUACAUAGGUUUAUUACUUACGUGUGCCCGGCGUUGUUAUCAACAAAUCGCAUUCGAUAAGACUUUGAGAAUUACAUAUAGUGAAUAGUGUUUUUGGUGCGUUAAUAUCGUGAACACAAAUGCUUAUGAUGGAGAAUGAUAUCAGAUUGAAAAUUGCGAAAAAUCUGGAUCUACAACAAACAGAAAUGAUGUUGGAGCAGCGCUACUCCAUGCCAGAAAGUCCGCUGGAUCUGAGAGGUUCAUCCGAUCCACAGGAAGUUAAAACCGAAGAUUUUGACAUGGAUAAAUCGAAAAAAUCUGGACAUCAACCAAUAAAACCGCCGUAUUCUUAUAUCGCGUUGAUCACCAUGGCAAUCCUGCAAUCGCCGCAUAAAAAGCUCACUUUGAGUGGAAUCUGUGAGUUCAUAAUGAGUAGAUUUCAUUAUUACCGCGAGAAAUUCCCCGCUUGGCAAAACUCUAUAAGGCACAACUUAUCGUUGAACGAUUGCUUUAUAAAGAUCCCCCGCGAACCUGGCAACCCCGGAAAAGGCAACUACUGGACGUUAGACCCCCUGGCAGAAGAUAUGUUCGACAACGGAAGCUUCCUGCGCCGACGGAAGAGAUAUAAACGCCCAUCACCCAACUUAAUGCUGAGAGAUCACCACGCUUCUGCCAUGGUGGCUUCAUUUUUAAACCAAGAAAACUACUCGCAUGGGUUGUUCAGCCACCCUUCAAUCCACAACCCAUACAGCUACAUUCCAACCAUCCCAGCGAACCUCCCCAACCUACCACUGCUGGGCCCCAUGGAUUUAUCCAGGUUGAGUUUGAGUCAUCUUGGUAUUAUACCUCCUCCAACUUUAUGCAAGCCCGUUCCAAUGCAGCCACCGAGUGUCACGUCCAUAUCCGACACUGAAGAUUAUAUAUCGACGGAAAUCAACAAAAAAGGCAAAAACGGUUUUUCCAUAGACUCCAUAAUGGGUCACGAAAAAUCCAUCAGCAAAAAAGACAACCCCAUAAAACUUAUACAAGAAAAUCCCGAUGUUACAAUGUCAAGACUACACUCUUCAGCAUUUUCACCCCUUUCGUCGAGCGACGAUUGGACUAGGUGAAACUACUUCCAAUAAAAUGUACAUUCUCUCAUUUUUUCUCGUAUAUAUAAGACCAAAGAAAAGCCAAA